AUGGCUCCUAAGUUACCUAAAACCAUGAAGGGUAUAGUCCUUGAAGAAUUUGGUGGUAGUCCUGUUGUAAAGGAACUUCCUAUUCCUAAACCAAGAUACAAUGAAGUCUUAGUUAAAAUCGAAUAUGCUUCUCUUAACCCCAUGGAUUUAUCUUUCAUUAAAGGUUACUACUCUUCAGUUAAGAAAUUACCAGUUACCAUUGGUUUUGAAGGAUGUGGCACUGUUGUUGCUUCUGGAGGUGGAUUCUAUGGAUGGACAUUAGUUGGUAAAAAGGUAGCUAUUUACGUGUAAAGAAGUCCUCAUGGAUGCUUCGCUGAAUAUGCUACUACUAAUGUCUUUUAAGUUUGCCCUGUUCCAGAUGACUGUAGUUUUGAAGAAGCUGCUUCAGGUUUAGUUAACCCAAUGACUGUUGCUUUAAUGCAUAAAAAAACUCUUGAAAGAAAGGUUAAAGCUGUCGUUUCUAAUCCUGCAGCAUCUGCUCUCGGUAGAAUGCUUUAACGUUAUUUCAGACUUCAUGGCAUCCCUGUAAUCAACAUUGUAAGAAGACAAGAAUAACUUGAUAUGUUGAAGAAGGAAGAAAAUGCUGAGUAUGUCUUAAACACAGAAGAUCCUAAUUUCGAAGAAGAUCUUAAAAACCUUUCAGCAAAACUAAAUGCUACUAUUUCAUUCGAUGCAGUUGGUGGCCCUGUUUGUGGUAGAAUUCUAAAAUGCAUGCCUAAUGGCUCAACUGCUUAUGUUUAUGGUAAUUUAUCCAUGAAGAGCAGUGAAGUCACUUAAAAUGACUUAAUUUUCAAGAAGAAAAAAAUAAAAGGUUUCUGGUUAAUUAAUUAAUUAAAAAAAGUUAGUGUACUUGAAGGCUACAGACUUAUUAAAAAAGUUGGUGGUCUCUAUAAAGGUAUAUUAUCAACUAAAUUCACUCAUAAGUAUCCCUUAGAAAAGCUUGAUGACGCUGUUAAGCACUAUCUUAAAAAUAUGUCUGAAGGUAAGAUUUUGCUUACAGCAAAUGUCAAAGAAAUUGAGGAAAUACCUUAUCCUUAUCCUAACAGCCAACCUCAAGCAAGAUUGUGA